CCCUACUAUUUUAGUCUACUCCUAUACGACCGUAUAGGGACGGAUAAGUUGUCUCGUACCUAUACGCUAGCGGCGCACUACCGUAUACGCAUCUACUAUCUCUCCCUCACCGAGCCCGACCUACGGCCGGGUACGCUACAGAAUUUACUCGAGGUAAUCUCGCCGAAUUCCAUCUUGCUACUCGAAGAGAUCGAUUAG